AUGGGCCUCCGCAGCGAAUUCUCGUCAAAAAUCAACGAAAUUACGGCUGAGAUUACAGCCGUCAAAGAUGAGUUGAUCAGCCAAGUCAACGAUUUGAAGGGGCAGCUUCAGAACGCCACUAAGAAGCAGAGGCCCGGGGACGUCGGCGGUUCUGGCGUAACCGAAGAGAGGGUCAAGGCCCUAAUCAUCGAUUCGCUACAACAGUUUAUGGCGUCCAAGGAACUCUGCGACACCAUAGCGAAGUACAAUGUGGCCUUCCUUGCUUCUGAAAAGGGAAAGGAAGUCCUACGGGACGCGAUUAAAAAGUCACCACAACCAAAAACCCAGCUGAAGCCUCAGGCGAAAGCACCGGAAACGCCGCAGUCAAGGAAUAUCGGCUGGACGGGCUUUACGCCCGCACAGCAGAGCGUUCAAGAUUCGACGCCGUCAAUCUUCGGACCUACAAAAAGAAAACGGGGCGAGAAGAGCCCACAGAAUCAGCCGGAGAAAGAUAAGCGUCGUAAAAAGACUACUUUUAUCGACACAGUUGACGGCCUGUUCGAAGAAAUUAACGAUCAGGAACAUUCAGUCCUCAUCGCCGAUCCGGAGUUCGGCAUGUCCGCGCCGGUAAAGAACUUGCGCCUCCUAGUACUGCACGGCAGCUCAGAAGCCAUCAUGUUCGACAGCCUUCAUCUCCGCGGUCAGCAUCAACAAUUUCUGCGGCUUCAACAAGGAAAGGUCUACCUAAAGGGGCAAUGUGAAGGCAUAUUCCGGCCGGAUAACAACGUGCUGGAAAGGGGCUGCAUGGUCGUCAAUGCAUCCUUAGGAUACAGGAUCUAUGAGCUCGCAAGAGAGUCCGAGGAAAGUGAGGAUAAGAUUUCUCCGGCAGACGAGACCAGCGAUAUAUGGCUUAAACCCGAAGAAGUCAUGGUAGUGGAGCGACAUCUGAUGUGGGCCUGGCUUCACAGGGUCGUCUGCUUCAGAAGUUCUCCGGAGAUGGCCUUCGAUGUCUCGUCUCGCCGCGACGUGAUCCUGGGCGAAGAGCUCCUGGACGUGAGCGCUACCCGAAAGAGAGACCAGGCAAAACAGGCCGGGGGCUUCUUUGCUAUAUACAACAACCUAGAGUUGAAAAUCGUUCAGGGUGUAAAGUGGCUAAAGCCUACCGGCCUAGCUUUUAUUCCUCGUACGCACUACAGAGAGGUAGACGAGAAGACCAGAUUGAAGUGGCCCUCGCUCGCUCUCGUUACUUAUCCUUUAACCGCAUAG